AUGCCUGAGCCCGUGCGCCAUGUCGCUUUGGCUACAACCUUGAAGGUUUAUGUUCACAGCGCCUCCGACCUGCCGCGCGGCGAUGCCAAAGGUCUGUCCGAUCCUUACGUGGUUUGCUUCCUUCCACCGGGCGCGGACCCCGUCUUCCAAACCCAGGUUUGCAGGCAAACGCUGGACCCGGUCUGGGACGAGGAGCACCAGUUCCGCUACAACCCGGGCGCCAGUCUCCAGUUCCAGGUGCUGGACAAGGAUGACUCCCUGAAGGAUCUCUCCGAGCGUUUGCUUGACUUCCGCGGAAUCGGUUCCGACUUCCUCGGGCAAGUGACCUUGGAGAGUGAGGAAUUUUAUCCGAAGGGAUUCGAGGGCGAUGUCAUGCUCGAGGGUGUGCCUGGGGGCAAGAAUGCUAUCUUGUAUCUGCGAAUCACUGUCGAUGAGGGUCAGGUGCGCCUGCCCAUUCCUUCUCAGCCUGCGGCACAGCCUCACGAGACUCUGAUGGACACUGCCGAAGCCCAGCAGUUGCUCUACAGCACAGAGGAGAUGCCGGCGAAGGAAACGAGGCCGCCAACCACGCAGGCUCCCCAACAUCUUCCCCAGCAUCCUCCUUCGGAGCGUCUCCAACAGAAUGCUCGCCAAGAGCAGAGGGGCGGAUCCUGCUCCUCCACCGCUGCACCGGGGGGCUUACAUGAGGUCUGGCAGCUUCGCGUCACACUUGCAGCAGCUGUUGCAUUGCCAACGACACGCGACAGUGGGAGGUGCAGCCCAUACUGCCUUUGUGACCUCGCCGGGGACACGCCUUUUCAAUGCAGAACAGCUGUCAUCACUGACUCACGGGAACCAGUGUGGAACAAGACGGUCGACAUGGAGUUCUCCGGCAAAGAGCCUCUAGUCUUCUCUAUCUACAGCAAGGAAGUUUGGCCGGGGAAAGACACAUUACUUGCGACGGCCACACUUUCAGCUAAUCAGCUGCUUCCAGACGGCUUCGACGGAGACCUUGGGUUAGAGCUAUGCAGCGGUGCCGAACUGCACACACACUCCGAGCGACCUUCUCUGAGAGUGCAGGUGACGUGCCACAAAGUGCAGCGAACAGCCGUUUCCGCGGCUCGUCGCGAGAAGCACCAGCACCAGAAGCAUUUGGAGGCCCCAGAGCGGCAGGAGCAUCGCCAAGACAAGGCUUCCAGUCCCAGGCCGAAGGCGAAACCAACGCUGAGCCCAAAGAGGCUGAAAGUGAUCAUCCAGAGCUUCCGAGGAUUGCAUGGGCUCGACUUGUCUUCAAGGCGAGUGUUCUCCUGCAUUUGCGCCAUUGCCGGGCGGAGAUAUGCAGACUUGCAGACUGGCCCCGCCAUGGAGCAGGGGUACCAAACAGUCUGGAAUCUAGAAGGUGAGCUUCAAGACUACGUGGAGGGAGAAGACUUGGAGUUCCACGUGGCAUGCGAGGAAACACAGCUUGAGGGAUCCGCCAUCCUCCGGUGCCAUCAGUUCUACCCGUUCGGGUUCAACUCCGACAUCACCAUGGCAAACGAUGGCCAGGGAAUAGUGGGACUAUUGCGGGUGAAGGUCAGCGUGGAGAGAGGAGCCAGUCAAAAGCACGUCUUUCCUACAGGGUUGCGAACUCUGGGCAUCCAGCAACCAUCUUCCGCUGCCGACGCGAGGCUGAAACAAGCAGGCGACGUUUGGCUCCGCAGCCUCCGACCCUGGGAUGCCUUCCACGCGUCCCUGGCAGCAGCUCAGGGCCAGGAACGACAUCGACUCUCCGAGCAGUCCAGUGCGAUCUUGAAGCCGAAAGUGAGCUCUUGCCUCGAAGAUGUUCUCGACAGCGUCCAUCUUUCGACUCAUUUCGACGCGGCUCGAGGCAGUGGGAGGACGUUCCGGCCGCUCCGCCUCUCCGUCCUCACCCACCAAGCCGAGGCCUCGGAGCAACGGAUGUAA